AUGUAAAGACAAUAUCUCCCAAUACAAAAUAAGCAACAUUCUGCCAAAUGUUUCAGUUUGCUUCCAUACGCGGGUGACGGAAUCGGACGCAUUUCGGUAAACAAGCGAGGUGUUCCUACGAGAGGGUCAACACGUGCUUCAGAACAUCUCCGGGUGAAGAAGAGUGAAUUUAUUCAUGCAAGAUGAAGGUCAUAAAUAGUGCCAAACCAAAGCCUAAAUUUAUUAAGAAGACAAAGCAUAUUGUGAAAAAAGCCCCCAAAGCAGUGGAAAAGAAGGAUGCUGAAUCAGGAGUUAUCUUUAUAUCUCACCUUCCACAUGGAUUUUAUGAUAGGGAACUAAAGGCAUUCUUCUCACAGUUUGGAAAGCUCUCAAGGGUGUCUGUACCACGUAGUGAAAAGACUGGUGCAGUAUGUGGUUAUGGCUAUCUGGAGUUUCAUGUCCCAGAUGUUGCAAAAAUUGCAGCACAGACAAUGAAUGGUUAUUUGGUUAAAGGAAAGAUUUUAAAAUGUCAGUAUGUACCUCAAGAAAGAGUAAGUGAGAAGAUGUUUCCGAAACAAAUAUAUAAUCCCCAGAAUUGUCCAAAAGCAAAGAGAAGGGAGGCAGCAAUUCAAAAGAUGAAUAGAAUUCUUAGUCAAGAAGAGAAGGAUAAGAAGAUGAAGAGGUUAAAAAAGAAGUAUGUAAAAAGGUUAAGGGAACUCGGAAAAGAAGGUGUUCUUGUUGCCUUGAAUGGAAUGCCAAAUCACAAACGCAUGCUGAAAAGGAUAAAACAAGAAAUUGUGGAUCCAGAAAUGAAGGAU